UCCUGCACCGAUUCCGACGUAUCGAUGGAGCCCUGAUCACUGGCGGCAUCCGCGAUCUCCUUCCCGGAGCUGCUGGAGCUGGCGCCAUUUCCAGAUCGCUCCAUUUCCACGCAAAGAAGAACCUAAAGGUAAAGAGCCGAAGGGUUUUAAAUCGCAAGAACUUGGAAGCCCUAACCCUGGAGGUUUUAGAGGAGACGAUGGCGGCCCCUAUCCCGGAGGAAGUGAUGGAGGGCGUGAGCGGCAUGGACGGUCGAUUGGAGCGGCUGGAGCAGCACAUGAAGAAGCUCUUGAAUUCCUGGUCGCCGGAUGCAUUGGCGCUGCUGGCGCCGGCGGAUCGCGCCUCGGCCUACAUGGCCGUGUCCAAGGCGCUCAAUGCCGUCUAUUGCUUGCUCUUGAGGACGCGGGGAGAAUGCCCGGAGGAUCAUCCCGUGAAAUCCGAGCUGGACAGAGUGAAUCUCUACGACGAGAAGGUCCAGUACGCCUGCGAUAGAAGCAAAGCCCCGCGACCAACGUUGAGCUUGGACGUCAAGGCCGCGAAUCGCUUCAUCGAGCACGCGAUUCCUGAUCUCACAGAAGAACAAAAGCUCCUCGUGAGAGAAGCUGGAAUGAGGACGACGACGAAGAAGAACAACCGGCCGCAACCCGAUCACUCCUCCAGCAAGAGGCUCAAGUCUGGCGAAUCGGUGGCGGACGCAGCAGCAGCGUUUCUGGCCGUGGCCAGCAAAGAGAUUGGCCUCGCAGGAAACGAAGCCUCCAUUGACAAAGCAGCAACUUAACUCCGAAGCGAGAGAGAGAGAGAGCGCGCGCUCGAGAAACUCUGAUAGCUCCAGGCUUUUCUCCGAGGGGAAGCCAGAGUUCUAACGCGAGAGAAGCGAGUUUCACGGUGGUGGAGACCGAGCCAUGAAUCGAAACUCCACACGUCACAGAAUGGAAUUCUGGUUGUGAAGCUAUUGAGGUGGCGAUGGGAUUGGAUCAAUCCUUCAAGCAAGUUUGUUUUUUCAUU